GUCCGGGGAGAGACUGAAACAAAGAAGAGCUUGACCAACGGAAAACGGUGGAGAAUGGUCGCUCGGGCAGACGCAGAGCUCCAAUGUACUUCUUCUACAGUGGAGUUCUCUCCUUCUCUCCUACCUUCUCCUUCCCUUUGAAUCUCUGCUCCUUCAGGUGAUGAAACACGGAAAGAAGAAUUGCAAAGCUCUGUUAAAAUUCUGAUCUUUGAUUAUUCAAGGUUCUAGCUUCUACAAUCAUCCUGUCCGCAUACACUUUAUAAACAUUGUUCUCGAGCUUCAACUACUACAUCUGAGACUCUUCCUUUAAAUAUUUUGACCUUGAAGACAUGUUAUCAUUGUUAUGAGGAAGAACUCCAGGAACAGGGAGAGGGUCAUUGGAUCGCAGCAGUACAUAGCUGCGAUUUUAUCAUAGAGAGAGUUCUGUGAUAUUCUUAUGGCUGUUGCCAAGAGCAACAGCAUCAGUACGACAAAAACACAACCCUGCAGCUGCUACAAAGUUUUGGGUCUGUCUCAGACUAUCUUAGAUUCAAGUCAGACCUCAAGAUUAGAAGAUCAAUAUGUUUUGGGAGAGGAAUUGGGUUGGGGGCAAUUUGGUGUUAUCCGUGUAUGCUCGAAUAAAUUCACUGGAGAGGUGUUUGCGUGCAAAUCCAUUGCUAAGGAAAGAUUGAUCACACUAGAUGAUGUCCGAAGUGUCAAGCUUGAGAUUGAAAUAAUGACUAGGUUAUCUGGGCAUCCAAAUGUUGUGGAUCUUAAAGCAGUUUAUGAAGAGGAGGAUUAUGUGCAUUUGGUAAUGGAGCUUUGUGCCGGUGGGGAGCUUUUCCACCGCUUGGAGAAGCAUGGGAGGUUCUCUGAGUCUGAGGCUAGGGUUCUUUUCAGUCAUCUUAUGCAAGUGGUUAUGUAUUGUCAUGACAAGGGUGUUGUUCAUAGAGAUUUGAAGCCAGAAAACAUUCUGUUGGCCACAACGGCCCCAUCCUCACCAAUUAAAUUGGCAGAUUUUGGUCUUGCAACCUAUAUCAAGCCAGGCCAGAGUUUGUAUGGAACCGUAGGGAGUCCAUUUUAUAUAGCUCCAGAAGUACUGGCAGGGGGCUACAACCAAGCAGCUGAUGUUUGGAGUGCUGGGGUUAUCCUUUACAUCCUCCUUAGUGGGGUGCCGCCUUUUUGGGGCAAGACCAAAUCAAGGAUCUUUGAUGCUGUUAGGGCAUCUAAUUUACGGUUCCCAUCGGAUCCUUGGGAUGGCAUAUCUGCAUCUGCCAAGGACUUAAUCAGUGGAAUGCUCUGUACAGAUCCUGCUAAGAGGCUCACUGCAGCACAGGUUCUUGAUCAUACAUGGAUAAAAGAUUUUGAGCAUGUGGCUGAAGAAUCAUAUGAACGUGAUUGCCUUGGUUGUAGGAACUUGGACUUAGGUGGCAGCUCAUUUUCCACCCAAUUUGUCACAAGGAAUCGGGACUUAAGCUUUACCUCUGGUUCACCUCUGCCUGGUGAUGCCCAACCAGGCAAUUCGCCAGCGUUCACAUGCAAAUCAUCAUUCUCUUCUUUAUUGCUUGAUUCUGCCAGACCCUGUCCUGUGUCUGGUGGCUUUUCUUUCGGUAGCUGUUGUGAAUCAAAUGGCAUGGAGUUCUUCUCCCCUGUUCAGUCCUUGCCAAGUUUUACCUUCUUUAGUCCAAGUCCUGUGGUGGAGCAAAGGAAUAAUGCAUUGCGUUUCACAGCCAAUGUAUCAGAAGUUGAUGCGGUUCUGGGAGGGGCAAGCUUGGGGAAGCCCUUCAUGUUAGAUUCUUCUGGUUGCUUGGGGCAUGAGAUGGCAGAGAUGGAUCACAAACCGGUUGAGAUUCGGAGAGUAGUAUUAGGGACAUCCACCUCUCGGGUGUUGGGUAUUCGCAGUAGGAGAAACCACACAAUUGGGCUUGGGGAACAUACACAGCUUGAUCUCAUGGUGACUGAGUCAGUUAUUCGCUGGGCAUCAUGUACACACCUCCCAAGUGCACCAUCACUUAGCUCCUCGCUCGUUUGUUGAUUUGUGAGUGAGGGAGAGGUCUCCCUUAUCAUGUAUUUGAUCUAACGUAAUAUGUUAACUUGCGAAGAUGAGUUGGAGCAG